AUGCUGUUAUGUACAAAGACGACACUACCCAAGCCAAAAAAUCAUAAAAGAGCAAAACCAAAGACAAUGUUGUCUUUGCAACAGUUACCAUGUAUUCAUCUGAGUUCCAACAGUCGCUUCCAAAGAGGUGUUCCUUUUGUUGUUAGAGCAGAGCAAAUAUCGUCCUCUUCAACCACUCUCCAAGAUAAAACCGGGAGGCGCCAACUACUUGCCACUGGGGUAACAAUAGCUCCUUGGUUUCUUUUGUCAUACCAGAAAUCAACAGCAUUUGCUGCAGAAAAUGCAAAGGGAUUUUUACCUGUCACUGAUAAGACUGAUGGAUACUCAUUUAUCUAUCCCUUUGGAUGGCAGGAAGUUGUUAUUGAAGGGCAAGACAAGGUUUUUAAAGAUGUUAUUGAACCUCUAGAAAAUGUAAGUGUUACUGUGUUCCCUACAAACAAAGAGGACAUAAGAGACCUUGGUUCCCCACAAGAGGUUGCUGCAGCUUUAAUUAAGAAGGUUCUUGCUCCCCCAUCACAGAAGACCAAGCUACUUACUGCAGCCGAGCAUGACGUGGAUGGGAAAGCUUAUUACACUUUUGAAUUUGUGGCUCAAGCCCCAAACUUCACUCGCCAUGCUCUCAGUACUAUCGUCAUCGCAAACGGGAAGUUUUACACUUUGACAACGGGGGCAAACGAGAGAAGAUGGGGAAAGAUGAAAGACAAAUUAAACACCGUUGUUGAUUCCUUCAAAAUCUUUAAUGUCUAAAAGAUUCACUCAUUGUUUUCAACUUCCUAGCUAACACUACAGGCUAGCCCAAUUCCAUAUAUAUAGUUGAGCAUUUUGUGUCUUGAUUCUUGAGUGAUUGCAUUUUCAUUAAAUUUCCAAGAUGUGAUGUUUAUAUUUAUAGUCCGUUAAUGUGAAGGAAAAGUUAUU